UCUUUUCUCUUCUUUUUCUCUCUCUCCCUCCCACACAGCACUGAAGACUGAAGACUGAACCAAUCAUCAUGAAACACCCUCUGCGCCCAGCACUCCCCAAAAGCACUUCUCCUCCUCGUCAAAACCUCUCCUCCCUUAAAUCUACCCUCUUUAAACCCUUUCACAUCUCACCUCCUCCCCCAAAAAACCAUGAAAACCAGCUCUCAUCCUCUGUUCUUCUUCCUCUUCCUCUCUUUGUUUUUCUUCGAAACGAAUCUUGUAGUCUCUGCGACUAUCCCACCCCAGCUCUUCUCUCUCCUAUCUCUCAAAACCUCCCUCAAGGACCCUCUCUCCUCUCUCCAUGACUGGAAUCCCACCACCAUUUCUAGCUCUCCUUCUUCGACGCCGCCCUGGUGUUCCUGGACAGGGGUUACGUGCGGCCGAGAUGCCUCCCUAAUUACUUCACUUGAUCUCUCGUACAAGAACCUCUCUGGGUUCAUCCCUCCAGAAAUCCGGUUCUUAUCUCAAUUGAACCACCUCAACCUCAGCGGCAAUUCCUUUGAAGGGCCUUUUCCCAACGCCAUUUUUGAAUUGUCACAGCUCAGGACUCUGGACAUCAGCCACAACAAUUUUAAUGGUAGUUUCCCACCUGGUAUCUCCAAGCUCAAGUUUUUGACGAUUUUUAACGCUUACAGCAACAGUUUCACCGGUCUGCUGCCACAUGGGAUUACACGGCUUCGGUUUCUUGAGCAGCUCAACCUCGGCGGGAGCUUCUUCAAAGGUGGUAUACCGGGGGGGUUUCGCAGUUUAUCGAGAUUAAAGUAUUUACAUUUAGCUGGAAAUUUCUUGCAUGGACCGAUUCCACCAGAUUUAGGCUUUAUGACUCAGCUCGAGCAUUUGGAGAUUGGAUACAACGAGUUCUCUGGAGGGAUACCGGUGGAGUUCGGGCAGUUAUCGGAACUCCGAUAUCUCGACGUUGCCACUGCAAAUUUAUCUGGUCUUCUUCCGCCAGAGCUUGGUAAUUUAACGAUGCUCGAAUCACUUUUUCUAUUCAAGAACCGAUUUUACGGCCCAAUUCCCGCGAGUUACUCAGGUUUGGGAGCACUGAAGGUGCUUGAUUUGUCAGAUAACCACCUUUCAGGUCCGAUUCCAGAAGGAUUUUCUUCGUUAAAGGAGCUGACUUUGCUGAGUUUAAUGGACAAUGAUCUAUCCGGCGAGAUCCCGGCUGGAAUAGGCGAACUUCCUAACCUCGAAGCCUUACUGCUUUGGAACAAUUCUUUUACUGGAUAUCUCCCCCAAAAGCUUGGCUCGAAUUCCAAGUUGCAGAAGCUCGAUGUUUCAUCCAACUCUCUAACCGGUCCGAUUCCACCGAGUCUCUGCCUCGGAAACCGACUCGUUCGACUCAUUCUGUUUUCCAAUAGGUUUGACUCCGAGCUCCCUCCAUCGCUUUCAAAUUGCACUUCUCUGUGGAGGUUCCGGAUCGAAAAUAACAGACUAUCGGGAACGAUCCCUUCCGGUUUCGGUCUCUUGCCAAACCUCACUUACAUGGACCUCAGCAAGAACAACUUCACCGGCGAAAUCCCGAGAGAUAUCGGCAAGUCCGUGAAAUUGGAGUACUUGAACAUUUCUGAGAACUCAUUCAACAGUGGAAUACCAGACAACAUAUGGAGUGCUCCCAACCUACAGAUCUUCUCCGCCAGUUUUUGCAAACUCACCGGGAAAAUGCCAGAUUUCAUUGGAUGUCGAAGCUUGUAUAAACUGGAAAUGGAGGGGAACUCGCUUAAUGGAAGCAUUCCGUGGGACAUUGACCACUGCGAGAAGCUUCUCUGGUUGAAUCUCAGACAGAAUUCUCUCACUGGGAUAAUCCCCUGGGAGCUUUCGACGCUCCCAUCGAUCACCGACGUCGAUCUCUCCCAUAACUUCCUUACUGGUACGAUCCCUUCGAACUUCGGCAACUGCAGUACAUUAGAGAGUUUCAAUGUGUCAUUCAAUCUCCUCACUGGCCCCAUCCCGUCGUUCGGUACGAUCUUCCCGAACCUUCACCCGUCGUCGUUCUCCGGAAACGAGGGCCUCUGUGGAGGAACUGUGGAGAAACCCUGCGCUUCGGAUAGGAUGGCAACCGAUGAUUCCAGAUUCCGGGAGCAACCAAAGAAGACCGCCGGAGCGAUCGUAUGGAUCGUGGCUGCAGCAUUCGGCGUAGGCCUCUUCGUCCUUAUUGCCGGUAGCCGCUGCUUCCAAGCGAAUUACGGCCGUCGAUUCGUGGAUGAUCAAAAGGCGGGACCAUGGAAACUAACCGCAUUUCAGCGGUUGAAUUUCACGGCUGAUGACGUGCUUGAGUGUUUGUCGAUGAGCGAUAAGAUCAUCGGAAUGGGAUCCACCGGGACUGUAUACAAGGCGGAGAUGCCAAGUGGCGAGAUCAUAGCGGUUAAGAAGCUAUGGGGGAAGCAUAAAGAGACGGUGCGGAGGCGACGGGGUGUUUUAGCAGAAGUGGAUGUGCUGGGUAACGUGAGACACCGUAAUAUCGUGAGACUGUUGGGUUGCUGCAGCAACAACGAGGCUACGUUGCUACUGUACGAGUACAUGCCGAAUGGGAGCUUGGACGAUUUGUUGCACGGGAAGAAUAAGGGAGAGAAUCUGGUGGCGGAUUGGUUCACCCGGUACAAGAUAGCACUGGGCGUUGCGCAGGGCAUCUGCUACCUUCACCACGACUGUGACCCUGUUAUCGUGCACCGGGACGUGAAGCCAAGCAACAUCUUACUGGAUGCAGAGAUGGAAGCGAGGGUGGCGGACUUCGGAGUCGCCAAGUUGAUUCAAACCGACGAGUCCAUGUCGGUCAUUGCCGGGUCGUACGGCUACAUUGCACCUGAGUAUGCUUAUACAUUGCAAGUGGACGAGAAGAGCGAUAUAUAUAGCUUCGGAGUGGUACUGAUGGAGAUACUAAGUGGGAAGAGAUCUGUGGAUGCCGAAUUCGGAGACGGCAACAGCAUUGUCGACUGGGUGAGAUCGAAGAUCAAAACAAAGAACGAUGUGGCGGAUAUCCUAGACGAGAACGCCGGUGCUUCGUGCGCUUCGGUGAGGGAAGAGAUGGUGCUAGUGCUAAGAAUUGCAUUACUUUGCACAAGUCGCAACCCGGCCGACAGACCGUCCAUGAGGGACGUCGUGUCGAUGCUGCAAGAAGCCAAGCCCAAAAGGAAGAUUCCGGGCAGCCUGGGCGGUGGCGGAGAUAGUGUCAUCGGUGGUGGUGCUAGUCUUGUUGUUCACAAGCCAGGAGUAGAGUGUUAAUAUAAUUUAAUUUCAGUUUUUUUUUUUAAUUUUAAUUAUAAUAUGGGGAUUGGUAUAGAAGAAAGAAUUUGUCCUUUUUUUUCCUCUUUAUCCUGAUGGAAAAUUUUUGUUUUUGUUUUUCUCAACUAAAUCACAGGUAAGUUGGUUUUUGAGUUGGCAAUUCAGUCGAUUGCUGUCUAGCUAGUCCUUUGAAAGGGCCAAGGGUACUACUUUUCUGGGAUCAUGGAGAGGCUGAGCAUCCAAAGUAUUUCCAGGUUAAAUUUUAAAAAAAAAAAGACAGAAAAAAGAAAUUUAUCAAUAGAGUGAAUGAUUAUAACCA